CUGGCAGGGCUGGGGUUGGGGUAGAAAUGGGGAUUGGAGGUAGGAAAGUAGCUGGGUGCCUCCUGAGCUGCAGUUUUCCCCUUUGUAGAGGCGAAAUGGUGUCAUAUGCUUGGCAUUUUUCGAGGACAGGACUUUGCUGGUUUUGUUCCAAACCCUUCCAUGUCGAAGUGCUGAUACCGACUUUUCCCAAACUAAAAUGGCUUCAAAAUUCUCAUCACUGUAACUUGCUUGACACGCCUUCUGGCUCUUUUUGGGCAGGUUGGUUUCUUGGAAUGGUUUUGGAAGGUUUGUUCCUGCACUAUACAGUUGUAGGUUUUGCACAGAAAUCCUUGCUUUUCCCAAAGCUGUUUUUGCUAACGAUGGUUUGGAUUACUGCCCAAACCUGGGCUUUGUGAAAUUUAUUUUAAAUGAGUGAUGUACUUCCCAGGGGAUGAAAAGCUCUAUAAUUGCGAAUUAUGUUCUUAAUCAUAAAUUUUAUAGGGAAAAGUGACCCUAAAACUUGGGGUGUCUGUAAUUCUAUGCCCAAUAAAGUAUCAGUCUGGAGGUUUGUAAACCCCAGGAGCACAUGUUGAUAUUCGUUUUUAGCCAGGAGGCUUCACACUUACAAGAGCUUGUUCUAGAAAUUUACAGUGGUACCCAGUACCAAAAGUGCUGGUGAUAAUGUAGGGUUUACUUUGUUUUAGCUCUGCAGUGAAAUGGUAAUGAGCAAUAGCAUAUUUUGCUCAGUGAUGUGUGUAUUGGUUUGUUGGGCGCGAUGUCUGCUUUCUAGGAAAUAGCUAAGCAUUAAAACAUCAGAACUUUUCAAGUGCUCUCUUGAAGAGUACAACCCUUACCCAGUUAAACAGCCAUUCAACUUUUUCAUGUUGUGUUCUUCAGCAUAGUCUCCUCAGAGUUUUACUUUGUGUUUUCUACUUGUGACUCAGAGAGAGGGGUUUUCUAAAAUUAGGACUUAGCACUUUGAGGAAUUUUGUCAAAUGCAUUUACAUAUAUGUCUCACAGUUUGUAUUAGGUGUUUUUAUUUUUCUGUGUGAGAUAGCAGAAAACAUCAAAAACAUUUUCUAAACUGCAAGUGCUUCCAGGGAGGCAAAUGAGGUGGCCAGCGGAGAGCAGUUUUUAUAGUGCUGCUGCAGGGAAAAACCCUUGGAUCUUACAAGGUGUCAUGGCCGGGACUGAAACCACAGUCCAGAUGACAGGUUUUUCGGGGAUAUGUGUGGUGGUAUAAUCGUAUUCUGGCUUAUGUGUCACAGUAAUGAACAAGGAAUUGUGUCCCCACAUUGAUGCUUCCUGGUAAUCUUGGUGACUUCACCCCUUGAUCCUUGUACUUUCCCUCCCCUAGCAUGCUACUGAUCCUUGGCAAAUACUGGUCCGAAUUCUUUUAACGGUGUCUUUGUGUUUUGGUGGUACCUAGGUGGAUCGGAAGUAGAGAACCCAGCUGACGGUGAGAGAGGGAGGGGAGGGGCUGAAUUGUGAGGAGUGUGGGCCCCAGAACCAUGUCUACGAGGGAAACUUUUAACCCGGAAAGUUAUGAACUGGACAAAAGUUUCCGGCUAACAAGAUUUACUGAACUGAAGGGCACAGGCUGCAAAGUGCCCCAAGAUGUCCUGCAGAAACUGUUGGAAUCCUUACAAGAGAACCACUUCCAAGAAGAUGAGCAGUUUCUGGGAGCCGUUAUGCCAAGACUUGGCAUUGGAAUGGAUACUUGCGUCAUUCCUUUGAGGCAUGGUGGUCUUUCCUUGGUGCAAACGACGGAUUACAUUUAUCCUAUUGUAGACGACCCUUACAUGAUGGGCAGGAUAGCAUGUGCCAAUGUCCUCAGCGACCUGUAUGCAAUGGGGGUCACGGAAUGUGAUAACAUGCUGAUGCUGCUUGGAGUCAGUAAUAAAAUGACUGACAGGGAAAGGGAUAAAGUGAUGCCCCUAAUUAUACAGGGUUUUAAAGAUGCAGCCGAGGAAGCAGGAACAUCUGUAACAGGUGGCCAAACGGUAUUAAACCCCUGGAUUGUUCUGGGCGGAGUCGCUACAACUGUCUGCCAGCCCAAUGAAUUCAUCAUGCCAGACAAUGCGGUACCUGGAGAUGUGCUAGUGCUGACAAAACCCUUGGGGACACAAGUGGCCGUUGCUGUGCACCAGUGGCUGGAUAUUCCUGAGAAAUGGAAUAAAAUUAAGCUGGUGGUCACCCAAGAAGACGUGGAGUUGGCAUACCAAGAAGCCAUGAUGAACAUGGCACGACUCAACAGAACAGCUGCAGGACUUAUGCACACAUUCAACGCCCAUGCGGCCACUGACAUCACAGGGUUUGGGAUUUUGGGCCAUGCACAGAACCUGGCCAAGCAACAGAGGAAUGAGGUGUCGUUUGUGAUUCACAACCUUCCUGUGCUGGCGAAGAUGGCUGCUGUGAGCAAGGCCUGUGGAAACAUGUUUGGCCUCAUGCAUGGGACCUGCCCAGAGACAUCAGGAGGCCUGCUAAUCUGUUUACCACGUGAGCAAGCGGCUCGGUUCUGUGCAGAGAUAAAGUCCCCCAAGUAUGGUGAAGGUCACCAAGCAUGGAUUAUUGGGAUUGUAGAGAAGGGCAACCGCACAGCCAGGAUCAUCGACAAGCCACGGAUCAUUGAAGUCGCGCCACAAGUGGCCACUCAAAACGUGAACCCCACGCCUGGUGCCACCUCUUAAUCUAGACAGAGUAGUCAUUCGGUUUUGUUUUUAAAUAGAUAUAUUUCCUUUAUCAUAACUUCAAUUAAAGACUGCAGUAUAAGCAACAACAAAAUCUCAUUGUGUCUACACAUCUGGUGACCUUAGGUCGGUUUGUGAGUGGAUGCAAUUAAUAAAAUGAAAUCCAUGGCCUUCUUUCCCUGUUACGUUACCUGAAGAUGCACCUGAUCCCGAGGCAGCUUCUGAGUCGAGGAUUAUACUGUUAUCCAACACUGUUGAUUCAUUUUGAAUCUGAGACACGUAUCUCUUGCCGCAUAGGCGCUCCUAAAGGUGCUUUCCCUCAGCACAGGCAUUACCAAGAGUAAUGUCACACAGCAGUUUGUGUCUUUCAUUCUCUGUGUGUUUAUCACCUCAGUCUGGUCUGUCUUUUAAGCGUUUUGGAUGGUUUUCUGAACAGACAGAAGUGGUAAGUGACACACUGAUCUCACAGGACGAGCGGGCACUGCAUGGUUCCUUUGCAUCUCCGAUUUGUAACGUUGAGUCUGAUAAUUCAGGAGCAUCUCUGGCCUGGGCAAGACUUUCUCCACUCGAGUGUUCAGGUCAGCAAGGCAAGUGCUUCACUGCAUGAAAGCACUUUGAAGACAAAAAAGAAAUUUUCUUUUUUUGUUGCCUUUCUGGCAUUUACAGUAAUAUCAUUAACUGUUUUCUUUACUGAUAGCAAAAAAGAAUACUUUUUGCAAUGUAAGUAGAUGUUCUAUAGUGCAACAAGGAGUUGCCUUCUGAUAAGGGGUUCAUGUAUAGUACUCAUUUACAAUUCAAUAUAUAAUUACGCAAAUAAUUUUUAAAUAUAAUCAGUGAUAAAGACUUCUGUGGAUGGUAGUGUUUAAUACAUUCUAUAUUUUGUAUAGUGAUUUCAGCCUAAUUCUUAGCAUUGUUUUGCCCUUUGAGCCAGUACUUUUUUGUGCACGCUUUUUGUGAUCUGUGUUAAAAAUCUGCAUUGCCAACAUUGCAGCUCCAACUUAAACUUGUUACCCAAAUAAAUAUUUAAUUUUUUAAUUGCUCUUGUAUAAUCAGAUGCCCCUUUUAGUAUUAUUUUAGAAGGGAGGGUUUUGCCUAAAAUACAAUUUAUUGGGGAAAACUAGAUUUUAGUUUUAUAAACUUAAGUCUUUCAUGGGACCUAUAUUUUCUUGAAUUAAAUUUUGUAGUUCUAGAACAAAUAGGUGAUCUAAAAGGUGUUAUCUGUGUUACUUAAAAGACAGAGGCUUCCUUAUAUUUUAACCUACUAAGCAGUCAGAGAUCCCAUCGCUAAGCACAAAGGCACUGAAUCCUCAAGCGACUGUCUUCAUAGGAGAAAAAGCACCGUGUCCCUGCAGUUUUGGAAUACUACUUCUUGUAGGCACCAGAGCCACACAAAACCCACUCAUCUGCGCCAUAGGAAACAGCACCGGGAAGAUGAUGCGCCCUGGAGGGGGAGAGCUUGUGGCAGGCGCUGUCUGCGAGCCAUGUGUGCUGCUGGGACUGGGCCCAGGCCAGAGGGCUGCGCAGAGGGGCCCCACAGAACUGCCACGCAUUGGACAUUUUAUAGGAAUUUAUACAGAUGUUGGUCUUUAAAAGCUGCACACCAGUGGUCUGCAAAAUAAAUGUGUUGGAAACCUCUGAGUAUGAGAAA